UGUCUUGCAUGUGGUGAUUUAAUCUCAGCUGUUGAAGGGUACAUUUGUUGGACAAUAUUUUUGGGAGAUUCUGCAAGAUACUCAACAACAGUUAGCUACCAGCUGUUUCAGACAUGCAGUGUGAUGAGCUCUCAGCCAGAGAGGAGUUUACCUACAGCCACAUGUCCACUCUGGAGAGAGAAAGUGAGACGCUGGGACGACGGGACAACAGGGGAGUGGAUAGAAGGCCAGACAGGGGGGAGCUGUAUAGGCCUGAGCGGGACAGCUACACAGUGGACGUGAGGGCCAGUGACCUGCAGCUGGCCCAACUGGAGCCUCUAAAGCACCCCUGCUUCAGCUACAGGGCCUGGCUCUACAGCGUCCUCAUAGGGGGCAGUCUGCUUACCACAUCUGGUUUCUCUCUGUACCUGGGAAAUGUGUUUCCUGCUGCCAUGGACUACCUGCGCUGUGCUGCAGGCUCUGGCCUCCCUGCAGCAAUAGCAAGCCUUGCUAUUGCGAAGAACAGACAUAUUGCAGUGUCAGAUUUCCAGGUGGUCUAUGUGUCAACAUUUGCCGUGACGACUACCUGCCUGGUUUGGUUUGGAUGUAAACUGGUCCUGAACCCUUCUGCUGUCAAUAUCAACUUUAACCUCAUCCUGAUGAUUUUGCUGGAGGUGUUGAUGGCCAGUACUGUAAUCCUAUCAGCCCGCUCUGCAGAGGACUGCUGCUGCCACAGGAAGCCAGUGACAUAUGACAGACCUGUGGUUAUAAUACCUGCAGUGUUCCCCACUCGACUCCUUAAAGCAUAUUCUGUGAUCGAAGUCAUCGUGGGAAUCUCUGCUGUAUUUGGAGGAAUUAUUGCACUCAACAUGGAUGCUUUACUACCUGGCCCCUACUUGUCGAUCACAUUUUUCUGGAUUCUUGUGGCUUGUUUUCCUAGUGCUAUCGCCAGUCAUGUUGUGUCAGAAUACCCCAACAAAUGUCUGAUUGAGGCGCUGAUUGCCAUCAGCAGUGUGACGUCUUCCCUGCUCUUUUCAGCCUCUGGCUUCCUUUCUUGCAGUGUGAUCAGCUUUAUUGAAAUUUUCCUGCAUGACGUGCCUGCUGCAAAGCAAUCCUAUGACAUCUUGCUGCUGAUUCUGAUGUUGCUGCUGCUGGUGCAGGCUAUUCUAACAUCAGCCACUGUGGUACACUGUGCCUCGUACAAGAGUCAGCUCCGCAUGGGGGCUCCAGAGUGCGAUGACAAUAUACACACUCAGACCCAUUACAGUGAGCAUCAAGCAUCCAAUGGAACGCUGCAAGACAGAGCCUGGAAGGCAGUUGUGGUCCAGGUGGCCCAAUGAGCAGUCCUAUAUUACACAGAGAAGUUGAU